AUGGAUAAGUUUUGGGAAAUGGUUGAUGAAUUCGAGUCUAUGCCUAAUUCUAAGGGUAAUUUUCGGAAAAAAAUAUUUGAAAUAAUUUUUUUCUUUUUAUGUCCCUUAUCUUCCUUUAUUUGGCUUCGUGAUUAUAUUAAAUAUUUUAUGGGAGAAGAUGAUAGUAUUGAAAGAAUGAAUAAAUUUAUUGUUGAAUUGGGAAUUGAUGGAAUUGAAAAAUUAAGGAAAAAUGAAAGUAAUGUUAGAGAAAGAGAAAUAAAUUUAUCCAAACUUGAGCAAUUUUUGGAUUUACCUUUUUAUUCACAUUGGAAAGCUUCUAUUAAAUUAGAAAAUAAAAGGUGA